CAAUAAACUACAGUGUUUUGUAAUUCGUAAUUUCUUAGCUUUAUCCUGCUUAAACAAAACAAUAAAAUAACCAGUACAAUGCAAAUGUCAAUGGUUCAACCAGUUUUCAAGUUAGAAUUAAAUCACAAAGUAACGCCGGGUAUUGUAAUAAUAGCAAGAUACGAUGGCACACACCCGUGUUUAACUGCUUCGGCUGGUUAUGACAAAAUAAUAAUUCAUCAUCCUUAUGGCGGAAUAUCUAGUGGAAGAGCUCAGCGCUCCCAGGCACACGGAGAGGUAUCUGAACUGAACGUCAGUCAGGCAGUAGUAGCCCUUGCCGCUGGUCCACUGAGACCAGAUUGCACCAGAGAUAUGCUGUUAAUUGGGUCACCUACUCAGAUACUCGCGUAUGAUGUUCACGACAACUCCGAUCUAUUUUUCAAAGAAGCCCAAGAUGGUGUUAAUGUUUUGAUAACUGGCAGUUUCGGCAAAAGCAAUGACAUGCUUGUCAUCGUUGGCGGGAACAGCUCAGUGCAUGGGCUCAGCUGGGAAGGAAAUGAGGUGUUCUGGAAUGUGGUCAGUGGUAGAGUUACCUCCAUGAUCACAUUCGAUUUUGAUAAAGAUGGUGAAAAUGAGUUAGUUAUCGGAUGUGACGACUUUUAUAUCAGAGUGUUAAAAAAUAAUCAAUUUAUCAUGGAGCUUGCCGAAACGGGUUCCGUAAGCUGUUUGUCUCUUAUUACUGAAGUAAGAUUUGCUUACGGCCUGGCUAAUGGCACUAUUGGUAUAUACGAAGAAGGAUUACGGUUAUGGAGAGUCAAGUCAAAACAGAAAGCGAUAGCUUUGCAAUGGUCCGGUGAGUCUCUAGCCUGUGCGUGGGCGAAUGGGCGGCUAGAUUGGCGAGAUGGGACGUCAGGCCGCGUGUUGCGACGCGUGCAGAUGCGCGCCGGCUCCGCCGCCAUGCUGCUGGCUGACUACCGCUCCCUCGGCGCGCCAGAUCUCGUCUGCGUAUCCGAUAGAGGCGAAGUGUUAGGAUAUCCACCUUAUCAUGAAAACGUUGGAUUCAACGCGACAACAAAAAAGGUCCCGUCAGAAGAGGACCGAUUGGCGAUCACAGAACUGCUAAAUAGAAAGCAAGCGCUGAUGGUAGAAAUGCAGCAUUAUGAGGCGAAUGCGGCCAGUGAAGACAUGGACGAUCGGCCCGCCACUGGCAUGCCUACUAACACGCGGCUACAAGUCGCUGUCACUCCAAAUGAUGAUGAGGGGUGCUUAGAUCUGGCGAUAUCAACGAAUAACGAAACAAUAGUCCGAACAGCUUUAGUGCUAGCUGAGGGAAUAUUCGAGAGUGGGGAAACUCUGGCUCGACAUCCAACAAUAAAUAACUUACGUUCCUUAGUAUAUGCGCCGCUGAAACCGCCCAGAGAUGUUCCUAUCGAUAUACAUAUCAAGGCUUUAGUUGGUUAUGCCGAAAGUGAACAGUUCCAUAUCUUCGAGCUCACAAAGCACCUCCCAAGGUUUGCGAUGUACAGGACAGCGCCAUCUACACUAUCAAAAACUAAAUCAGAUAACUUUGUAACUUUUCGAAUCACAGAACGUAUUCAGAGAAUAUGUAUUUGGAUUAACCAGAACUUUCUAUUGGAUGAGGAAGUAGAAAUCGAAAAUGAAGAUAUGAAAGAACUUGAUAUGACGUUUUUAAGUCUGAGAGAUAAGUCUCAGUUGAAUAUGAACUUUGCAGCCAAUGGACAAGUCAAGUUUACAACUCCUGAUAUAGGUUUAGCCGGUGAUUUGAUACAAAGUUUGGCAAUUUAUUUGAAUGUAGGUGAUUUGCAGUCAAUGGCACAUUUUCCUGAAAUAGAAGAGAAACUGCGCGAAGAAAUGGAAAACGCUUCACAAGUAGGAGAGACGAGAUCUCGUCUUGCAGCAGAAACAGCGGAAAAAGCUCAAUUAAUUACCGCAUUAUUGCCAGCAGCGCAAGAUGCAGCUUCCUACGACUUAAAGGAAAUGUUAGACCGGUACAAGGAAGUUAUUCUACUAAACGAAGAACUGCUAACUGGAUGUCACGUGCGGCGGGCUACUCAGGAGCAAGCUGUUGACUCCCUCAAAAACUUACACAUAAUUUUAAGACAAGCAGCACGAUUGAGAGUUGGUAAAUACAGCAAAGCUGUGAUCGCAGCUUGCAGGAAAGCAGUACAAGACAAUAAUACAGAUGCCUUGAUUAAGAUCUUACAAGCGGGAAAUUGUUAA